CAAUGAUUGACAUCGCUUGGAAGGCGAGCCCUACUGGCUGCUGCGAGAUGUUUUGGCGAGCGAUGAAGAUCUUUUGCUGUUUCCAACUGUUUCCAGCCCUGGAUGGCCUAAAUCAAACCCGCGUGGGCAAACGUGGCUAAAGCCGCUAAAGCCGCUAAAUACACACUGCAAUCUGUCACUUCUGUCACUCUGCAACAUUUGCCUGCCCAGAAGGACGCUUGCCCAGGCUUGCUCCCUAAUUUUCCCGGGCUUCCAGGCAGGACUAGGCCCCAUUCCGGGCUCACUCCGCUAACUGUUAGCGGUAAUACGGGUAGGUAGAGCGUGCCCGGCGGCUGACCCCCAUCCCCACCCCACCCACGUGAAAACCUUCCAUUUUCCAGGCCUGGAUUGGAUUAUUCUAGUUAUUCUUCUUUUUUCCUGCAUCAAACAACUCAAGGCGGGAUCAGCUUUUAAUCCUCUCCAGAAAGACCCUUCAUCAUGCUCUACAAUUGCAUAUUUAAAAUCAGGUUUCCUAGUCUGUCUCUCGUUUUGUCUCGCCGUUCCCCCCCCCCCCCCCUUUUCCCCUCCUCCUCUCAAUUGAUCGUCCUCAUUUGACAAAUGAACAAUAAUGCCAUUGUCGUCGUUUAAAUGUUCCUGUAUCUGUACAUAGUAGUAUCAUGAAGUUCGCGAAGGAGCUCGAAGAGGAUUUAGUACCCGAGUGGAGGGCGAAAUACUUAGAUUAUAAGGCUGGCAAAAAGAAGGUCAAGGCAAUUUCUCGAGCUCUUCGUCAUGCUGAACAGCAAUCUCCUUUUGCCCACCGUAGACGGCUCAGCCAGAUCUUCCAACAUGAAGAUCGCCCCAAUUUCGAUUUCCCUCGAUCGCACUCCCUCUCGCAUCAAGUGUCCCCCUUGGCUCGGGGACAGAAAUCCCCUGCCUUCCUGGAACGGCCUGAGCCUGCUCUACGCGAUCCCAGCCGUGGAAAGUAUGGGGAUACGCUAUCGGUUGUCGUUCCAGAAAGACGCCCUCUGAAGUCUCCCGGGUCCCGGUUCAAUGAGCAGCCUGGCAGUUACGGCAGCAUUGUAACAUCAACCCCGCAACAGGUGUCGCCCUCAAUUCCUCCUUCUCUGGAACUUCCGGGCCCUGCCUUGGACCUAGAGGACCCUCAUUCCCGUCCAGGAACUUCAGUUCGGAGUAUGCCGUGGUCGUCCGGGGUGGAUGCUAUACAACCCAUAAAGGCUGCCGGGGAUGCUGCUGAUAAUAAUGGAACAGUGGAAUUGACAAACACUCACAGUGAAAACUCUACCUCCACCAACCCCCGAGGAGCUAACAAUGCAGGCCGGCUAAGGGGUCAUUCAGUUCCUAGCCGAGUGCUAAAUAGCCAAAAAGCUCGCUUAAAAAAUGUGUUUACUUCUAGGACUCACAACGACCAUACAAUGAUGCGUGGUCCUGUUGAUGCUUCCAUGGCUCUCAAACAUAAAGAAUCGGAAUUUUUUGCCUUUUUGGAUAAGGAGUUGGGAAAGAUCGAAUCGUUUUAUCAUAUGAAAGAGAAGGAGGCCAGUGACCGGCUUGUAGCGUUAAGGUCACAGCUGCAUCUGAUGAGAGAUACUAGAGUCGCGGAAACUAGGACCAACAAGCGGAAUCUCGAGGUUAAAGCCCGGCUCGUUGCUUCCAAGUCUGACACUGCUGCUUCCGUAAUGAAAUGGAAGACUCCUCUGGGAGAUAAACUAAAUAAAGCACGGUCAAGAAAGACUUCGAAAGCAAUGGAACAACUUGCAACUCCCUCUGGUCCAGUACCAAUGAGUUCCCACCCUGAUGAGCAGCGAGAUUUUGUCCGCCAUGAAGAUUUAUAUGAUGUUUCAUAUCGGUCUGCCAAAAGGAAGCUGAAAAUUGCUUUGAUAGAGUUCUAUCGUGGUCUGGAACUCCUUAAGGCCUAUGCUGACCUAAAUCGAAAAGCGUUUCGCAAAAUGAAUAAAAAGUACGACAAAGUUACCAGCACACGCCCAACCGGUCGCUACGUUUCAGAGAAGGUGAACAAGGCCUGGUUCGUCCAAAGUGAGGUCGUGGAGAAUCACAUGGUGUCCGUUGAGGACCUUUACACACGCUAUUUCGAAAGAGGGAAUCGUAAAGUGGCUGUUCGCAAGCUUCGUGGCAAAACAUCAAGAACUUAUGAUUAUUCUUCGAACGCCUUUCGAAAUGGCUUAAUGCUUGCUGGUGGUGUUGUCUUUGGUGUUCACGGCCUGACACAUGCCGUUCGCCGGCUGCACUAUGGGGAUCCCGAAAUUCGCCUGUACACCGCGAACUUGCUCCAGAUAUACGGUGGGUAUUUCCUUGCCGUCUUCCACUUUCUUCUUUUUUGUCUGGAUUGCAAAAUUUGGGGCGCAUCUAAAAUCAACUAUGCCUUCGUUUUUGAAUUCGAUACUCGCCAUGCUCUGGAUUGGCGAGAGCUGUCGGAGUUACCUUGUUUCUUUUCCCUAUUACUUGGAAUCACUUUAUUACUGAACUUCCGCUGGGUGAAUAGCGCGUACAUAUACUGGCCUAUUCUUUUAAUAGGCAUCACCCUAAUUAUAUUGCUUAUCCCAAUUCGUUUGUUCUACCAUCGAACUAGACGAUGGUGGGCCUAUUCAAAUUGGCGGCUUUUACUCGCGGGUUUCUACCCUGUCGAGUUUCGAGACUUUUUUCUGGGCGAUAUGUACUGCUCCCAGACAUAUGCCAUGAGUAACAUUUCAUUAUUUUUCUGUCUAUACAACAAAGGAUGGGAUAAUGCACCGAGGUGCAAUUCAUCACACUCACGAGUGAUGGGCUUCCUUUCGACAGUUCCAUCUAUCUGGCGCUCCUUCCAAUGCAUCCGACGUUAUUUAGAUACUAAAAACGUUUUCCCCCACAUUGUAAACCUUGGAAAAUACUCCUUCUCAAUCCUCUACUACAUGACCCUCAGUCUUUACCGAAUUCACGAAGUGGAUCAACUUCGAGCCAUCUUCAUAACCUGUGCCUGUAUUAACGCUAUCUACACCUCUAUCUGGGACCUUGCCAUGGACUGGAGUCUGGGAAAUCCGUACUCCAAACACCCCUUCCUUCGGGAUUCGCUAGCCUUCCGUCGUCGCUGGGUAUACUACUUAGCAAUGGCCAUCGACCCUAUCCUCCGUUUCAAUUGGAUAUUCUACGCCAUCUUCCCCCAUGAUUAUCAACACUCGGCCAUCCUUAGCUUCAUCCUCUCAUUCUCCGAAGUAUGCCGACGAGGAAUGUGGUCUAUUUUCCGUGUCGAGAACGAGCACUGUACAAACGUUGCCCGGUUCCGCGCCUCACGAGAUGUUCCACUUCCGUAUGAAAUCCCAUCCCCAUCUAGGGCCUCACUUGAGCGAUUAGAGGAGCAACACGAUCCCUUACAGCAAGGGAAUUUGCUGGAGGAUUCCCAGACUGCGACCGGAGUCGACCUCGAGAAUCGGCCUUGUUCGAUUCGACAACGCAAGAUGUCAACUCCACCGGAGCUAACACGGACGCUGUCUCGCGUGGGUACGAUGCUUGCAAAUGCCCACGCACAGGAUUUCGAGCGGAGAAAGCAGCCAGGGAUCCUCAAUGAUACCUCCAAGGACGAACUUUCGCCCUCGCGCCAUGUCAGGGAAAAUAGUAGCACGGAUGAAGAAGCCGAGGAAGAUGACGAGGAAUAUGAUGAGGAGAACGAUGAGGAACAUGAGUUCCAAGAUGCUGAGAUGCGCGUAUCAUGAGCGGAUUUACUUGAUAUAUUUCUUGAUUCUUUUGAAUGGCUUCUAUGCCUUUACAAAAAGUUCCUGCUAAUGUUUGAUGAUGAUGACUAUAUUGAAAUCUUUUGUUGCCCUCUGGAUAUAACAACAUUGGCAUAUACUUAUCUUCAGACAUACUACACAUAUACACAUAGAUUAUACACUUAGAUAUAUUGGUUAAGCAAAAUACAUACCAGUUGUUACAUGAAACAGCUUCCCCUACCUGCGUAUAAACGAUAAUCGAU